AUGAAGGACCACUCAUCUCUUCUAGUGGAAAUUCCACUUGAGACAAAUCCUCAUACAUGCAACACAUCCACUACUACUUCUGAGGUACCAGAAGAAAAACAAACCACUACUGAAUCGAAUCCAAAGAAGGCAAACAAGUUUCUUCAAAAAGCCAAGUCAAAAGCUAUUGAUAUUUCAGAACAUGAAAUGAGUGUCGAGAAGGUAUGCCAAAGUUAUGGCUCACAUUUCAAUGUGGAGCAUCCUGACAAGUCUCAAGGUCUUACAAGUGAGGUUGCUGAAGAGAGACUUCGCAUGAAUGGUCCUAAUGCGCUGUCCCCUCCAAAAAAGAGGCCAUUCAUCUUCAAGGUGAUUGAACAGCUGACAUCCUUGUUCUCAUUAUUACUCAUCGUUGCUGGCUUGUUGAGUUUCAUUGAUGUAGCCAUUGAGAGAACCACUGAUUCCUUGCCCAACUUGUUCUUGGGGGCUAUUCUUUGGCUUGUCGUCAUCUUUAACGCCACGGUCACUCUAUGGCAAGAACGUUCUAGUGAGAAAAUUCUAGAGAGCUUUAUGCAAAUGCAAAGCGAAAGUAGUUGGGUUUUGAGAGAUGGUAUUACUCUUAAAUUGCCAUGUGAACAGCUGGUAUUGGGUGAUAUUGUCAAAAUUGAGGCAGGUGACAAAAUUCCAGCGGAUAUGAGAGUGCUUCAAUGCUCUGCUUUAAAACUUGAUAACUCGUCUCUCACUGGUGAAGCUGAACCUCAACUAAGAAGUGUGGAAAUGUCAUCCAAAAAUCCUUUAGAAACUAGCAAUCUUGUGUUCUAUGGUACUUUAGUAAUUGAAGGAAGUGGUUAUGGAAUUGUUAUUCGAUGUGGUAAUCAGUCGGUCAUUGGUCAAAUUGCUCUCUUGGCAGGCUCUACUAUUACCUUGAAAGCUCCAUUGAGAAGAGAAAUUGAUUCAUUUGUUAGAAAAAUUGGUAUUCUUGCAUUUGGUAUGGCUCUCAUGUUCUUUGUGUUAGGAUUCAUCAUUGGAAAUUCAUGGUUCCAAAAUUUCAUCUUUGCCAUUGGUAUCAUUACAGCAAACAUUCCUCAAGGUCUUAUUGCGACCGUUACAGCUUGUCUCACUGUCUCUGCUUCUAGACUUAAGGCUGUCAAUGUAUUGGUUAAAAAACUGGAGCACGUAGAGACUUUGGGAAGUACUUCAGUCAUUUGUUCUGAUAAGACAGGGACCAUCACUCAAAAUCGUAUGACACUUGUUGAAAUGUGGUAUGAUAAUAUCAUGCAAAAUAUUCAAUAUCCAAACCGGCUCAUGAUGAACAAACUCACUGAUACUCCUCUCAAGACCUUUUCCAAGGAAUCUGAAGAACAGCUUAGCACGUAUGAAAAGUUGACUCGUUGUGCUGCUCUAUGCUCGACUGCCUACCUUUUGAAUGAUGAUACAAACAUGAGAAAACCAAUUCUUGAUAGAGAAUGUAAAGGUGAUGCUUCAGAAGCUGCUCUUGUGAAAUUUGUUGAAACCCGAAAUGACUGUGCUACUUUGAAAGAGAUUCGACAAGAAUUCACAGAGAUUUUUGCUUUGCCAUUCAAUUCCAAAAACAAAUACAUGAUAUCCGUUGUGAAAAAUAAUCAACAACAAUCAAACGAUGGUAAAGUGACAUUGCUCAUGAAAGGUGCUCCUGAACGAGUCUUUCAAAGAUGUUCAUACAUUCAAGUGAAUGGAAAGACUCUCCCAAUGGAUGACACUUGGAAAGAUGCUUUUCAGGAUGCCUACAACUUUAUGGCCUCUAAGGGAGAGAGAGUUUUGGGAUUUGCACAAGCCUUAGUUGACGAACAUGUUGUGCAACAGGGAAAGGAGCAACAAGAAAAUGAUAAUCCAUUCGCCUUGCAAUUAGAAGGCCUUGUGUUUUUGGGUAUCUGUGGUUUGUCCGAUCCACCAAAGGUUGGUGUUACUGAGGCAAUUCACAAAUGCAAAACUGCGGGUAUUCAAGUUGUGAUGGUGACUGGUGACCAUCCAGCAACGGCAAAGGCAAUUGCUAAACAAGUUGGAAUUAUUGAAAACAAUGCAAAAACUAUUGAGGAUAUAGCCGAGGAGGAAGGUUUGGAUUUGAAGAAUAUCAAGGAAAUUCCUUAUUCACGAACAGACGCCGUUGUUCUCCAUGGGGAGGAAAUUGACAAAUUGUCUGACAAAGAUUGGUCGCAAAUUCUGAAAAAGAAGCAAAUUGUCUUUUCAAGAACUUCUCCUCAACAAAAGUUGUUGAUUGUUAGCAAAUUCCAAGAGCUAGGCCAUUGCGUUGCAGUUACUGGCGAUGGAACGAACGAUUCUCCUGCACUGAAGAAGGCAGAUAUUGGUGUUGCCAUGAAUAUUUCAGGAACUUGUGGCUGCUGUUUCACUUGCCUUUGA